AACAAAUCUGAGUGUUUGAAACAUUCCAGGUCGUGUGCGUUUAUCGAAUCUCGCGGUACGGUAUGCCAAGAGACAAAGCGGUGUGCGACAUUUUAGAUGCUUCGUUUUAUAAAUCACCCUACCGUGACAGGAGGAAUGAUUUUUCUCCGCGGGAAUUAUCUCAGUGUUUAAGAGAAACUACCACUUUAUACAUCGGAAAUUUGUCUUUCUAUACUCGUGAAGAACAAAUUUGGGAACUAUUUAGCCGAGCCGGCGAAAUCAAGCGCGUUAUUAUGGGGUUACACAGAUUUGAUAAAACUCCAUGUGGUUUUUGUUUUGUGGAAUAUUGUACACGGGACGGUGCAGAAAUGGCGAUGAGAUAUAUUAACAAAACCCGAUUAGAUGAUCGAAUAAUUCGCACAGACUGGGAUGCGGGUUUUGAAGAAGGAAGACAGUAUGGACGAGGAAGAAGUGGUGGACAGGUACGAGAUGAAUUCCGUAAAGAUUAUGACGCCGAACGAGGUGGUUAUGGAAAGUUGGCUCAACGAGAUGGAGAAUAGUUAUUUUUAUAUCUUGUAUUUUAAUAUUAUAGAAACAAAUAAUACUAAUGUACAUACAGUUCGGCUUUCUUUCACAAAAUGAUAUAUACAUAGAACCGAUAAGCAAUAGUAUAAAUUUAAAACUGUUCGUUGAGGACUUGUAAUACUAAUACCUCUUCUAACUUCAGUUAAGUAAGAAGAGAAAGGCAAAAGUUUUAAUGGACAACGUAUUUUACCGGCAAUUUAUUAUGUGGUGUGGAAGUCGAUGUUUUUGUGAGUUACAUUAACAUUUAAUGGUCAUAUACAAAACUUGCCUCGAUUCCAGACUGUUCUACAACUGAUAAUCAUAAUCAUGUUCGUUUUACAGAGUAUAGGAAAUGGGAACAUCAAACAACGUCAGAUCCUAAAUCACGCUCCCAAAUAUUCGCCUUGGAUGUUACUAGGCACUAGUUUUUUUCAAGCGGUCUAUAUCUUAUGUCAGAAUAUCAAGUCCCCUAAAAAACCUAUUAAAUGGUCUCUACCUUCCAGUUGGGUCGGUAGAGCUUAACAGGUGACAAAAUCGUCAAUCUGAAUAUCGAAUGUUAUGAGCUUUUCCCUGUGCUAAAUCAAUGACACGUCAACCAGCACUAGCAGUUUUGAAUCAACUCUGAAUUUU